CAAUGACAUGUUGGUGUUAUGGUGUUAUCAAAUAAGUGUCAAGGAAAGCAUAUAAAAUAAAAUGAGUAUAUUAAACUUACGUUAAAAAUUAAAAUAAAUAAUUAUUAAUGUAAUAUUAAUGUAAAAAAUUUGGAUAUAAAGAUGGCAUUUUUGGAGUGGAGAAAAUUCCAUUUCUUUGAUUUAAAAAAAAAUGUGGACGAUGGAAAAAUUGCUGAGUUGUUCAAGGAAAGUAAAAUCAGUACUACAUCCAGCGGUAAUAAUCAUUUGAUAUUGGGCGAUUCUUUGGGUCAAAUUUAUAUUAUUUCGCGCUCUUGGUAUGUUACAACUUUCAGAGGGUAUGAAAUUAGUGUAGAUUUCUCCCAUCAGCUAAGAAAUUCACCACUGUUGGUAACAAUUGGACAAGACGAGCCAGGUAUUAACCCGUUGAUUAAAGUCUGGGAUACAAGCAGGAUUGAUAAGAAUGGCACCCCUUACUGCCAUAGGAUAACAAGAGCGAUGCCUGGUAAUAAAGUUGUUCAAGUCAGCGCUCUUUGUGUCCUUGACAGUUUACAAUUAAUGGCUGUGGGGUUUGUCGAUGGCUCUCUUGUCAUAUACAGAGGUGACAUUACACGGGAUCGCAACUCUAAACAAAAAGUCCUCAGGAAUUCAAGUUCAGUUAUAACUGGCUUAGCAUUUAAAUCGACAGCAACGAAUAUCUAUUUAUUUGUAGCCACAGAUAAUUCCGUAAAUGUGUAUAAUAUUACCCAAAAGGAUAAAGAACAAAAAGUGCAUUUAGAUAAUAUAGGAUGUACAAAAAAAUGCAGUGUCUUGGCAGAAUCAAUGCAAGAGAGCCAUUUCAUGGUUGGAAGAAAUGAUGCUAUAUAUUGCUAUACUUCAGACGGAAGAGGUCCCUGCUAUGCCGUAGAAGGAGAAAAGGUAAUGCUGGAGUGGUUCAGAACGUAUCUGAUAAUCAUUUCAAAAACCAGUCGUCCAGCAUCUCUUACUGCUAUGCCAAAUGAGAUUCAAAACAAUGUCUCUCAAGGUGACCUAAUAACAGUGCUCGAUAUUCAUAAUAAGUUUAUAGUUUUUUCUGCUACAAUGCCAAAAAUUAAGGCUAUACUAAGUGAAUGGGGAGCUUUCUAUAUUCUCGACGAAGAUAAUACAAUGUAUCAUUUGGAUGAAAAGGACCUGCAGUCAAAGUUGUCUUUGUUAUUUAAAAAGAAUCUGUAUGACGUUGCAAUACGAAUAGCUAAAUCGCAACAGUAUGAUUCUGAUGGACUAGUAGACAUAUUUAAGCAGUAUGGAGAUCAUUUAUGUGAUAAAGGCGACUUCUCUGGUGCCAUUGAACAGUAUAUUAAAACAAUAGGUAAAUUAGAGCCAAGUUAUGUCAUAAGGAAGUUCUUAGAUUCUCAACAUAUUGAAAAAUUGACAAUGUAUCUUCAGGCUCUACAUAAACAAGGUCAUGCUACUGAAGACCACACUACACUACUGCUGAACUGUUACACAAAACUAAAUAACACUGUGGGGCAAACCGACAGCUUAAAAGAAUUCAUAUUGAUGAAAGAAGGAGAUCUGAAUUAUGACGUAGAUAUUGCAAUAAAAGUUUGCAGGCAAGGAAGUCCAGUGGAAGCACUCAUGUUGGCAAAAAAACAUGAGAAGCACGAUUGGUACAUUAAACUUCAAAUAGAAGAUCACCAAAAAUACACUGAUGUGAUAGACUACAUUGGCAAUUUGAAUUUUGAAGACGCAGAACACUAUAUGAAGAAGUAUGGAAAUAUACUUGUAGAAAACGUGCCAUAUGAAAGCACUCAACUCUUGAAAAGGCUCUGUACUAACUACAAACCUAACAACAGCGCGAUAAUUUCAGAAAAUAUGAUCUCUGGAAACUUCGAUGUAGAGUUACGGGCCGAUCCAGAAGAUUAUAUUCAUUUAUUCUUAAAUAAUUCAGAGAGGUUAGUCGAAUUUUUGGAGCAUCUUAUGAAUGAAGGAUGCAUUUUAAGUACACCAGUAUACAAUACUUUACUCGAACAUUAUUUACAUGUAUGGUCGAAUUUGGAAAAUGUAUCUGAAAAAAAUAAGUUAGGAGAGAAAACGUUGAAGCUCCUGCAGAGCCCCGAUGUGAAAUAUGACAAAUCGCAGGCCCUGGUUGUUUGUCACAUGCAUUCUUUUAGAGAGGGAAUUCUAUACCUGUAUGAGGAACAGAAGUUGUAUCAGCAAAUCUUAAGGUAUCAUAUAUCUAAGAAUGAUUCCAAUUCUGUGCUGGCUUGUUGUCGAAGAUUUGGACAUCAAGAUCCGACACUAUGGGUACAGGCUUUGUGGUCCUGUGCUAGGAAUACGAAAAAUCCUUCUAUGGAUUUAUUAAAUGAGAUUUUUACGGUUAUUGCCAAAGAAAAAUUAUUCUCUCCACAACUAGUUAUUGACGCGGUGGGCACUGGUAACGCUGAAGUCUGUUUGGGCCACAUUCGAUCCUACAUUACCAAUGAACUCCAACAUGAGCAAAAGAAAACAAAAGAGGUAUCUGAAUUAACAACAAAUUAUCGUCGGGACACCGAUAAAUUAAAACAGCAUUUGGAUACGUUAAAGAGUGGAGUUGUAGUUAUACAGGGAUCCAGAUGUGCAGCAUGUCAUCAUCCUUUAGAACUUCCUACAAUACACUUCCUGUGCCAGCAUAGUUUUCACCAGCAUUGUUUUCAAAGUUUUUCCGACGAUGAACAUGAAUGUCCCACAUGUCAGCCAGAAAAUAAGAAUCUUCUAGAACUAUUGAAAGCGAGAGAAUAUAAUAAAGAUCUUCAUGAAACUUUUCAUUCGCAAUUGGAAAAAGCGCAUGACGGAUUUACGGUAGCUGCAGAAUAUUUUGGAAGAGGAGUGUUUAAUAAAUACAAGGUCAUUGGUGAUGAAGAAGUAACCAAAAAUCUUAAUUUACCAGAAAAGGUUAAUAUAUUUAAUCCCAUACCUAAGAAACCAGAAGAGAAAAGCUUAAACUAUGGUUAUGGAGCAGAGGCUAGGCUCAGACAAGGGGAAGUGAAAAGUUCUGUAAAGGUUGCUCCUGUUUCGGAGGGACGAAUGAGAGUACAAGAACAAAGAUACAGUUCAUCAUUAGAAGCAAAUAUGACUCGAUUUGCUCCCAAAACGUACGAGCCAAAACAAUUACCUACAGCUUCCUCAAAUCCAUUUGAAGACGAUUAUGAUGAAGCUAAAAAUCCAUUCAAUGAAAAUGAUGAAUUGGAUGAAAAUAAUCCUUUUCGAGACGAUUAUGAUUGUGAUAAAAACUUAAACCCUUUUUCAUAAUUUACGUUAAUUAUUUUUAUUAAAGCAUCGAUAUAUUAUGUUUGCAUAUUGUAUACAAUACAAAAACUACAAUAAAAUAUUGCUUACA